AUGUCCGGACGGGACCGGCGUAGACGAGGAGGAUUCGAGGGUGGGGACUUGGAAAGUGAUUCUGUGAGGAUCAGAAGCUCCAGAGCAGCUCUAGUGUGUUUGGGGCUGCUGUGUGUUCUUCUGCUGACUGCAGUCAUAGUGCUGUGUGUCUACAUCCAUACAAAGAGCACAAACUACAAAGAAGAGAGAGACCAACUAAUAACCAAGACUACCAACCUCACAGAAGAGAGAGACCAGUUAAUAAUCCAGAAUGGUAAUCUGACUAAAGAGAGAGACCAGUUGAAAUCAGAAAAAAACAAACAGAUAUGUUUUGGCAAAGUAGGUAAGUUUCUUACUUGUAACUUAGCUAUGAAGUCAACGGCCAAUCUGGUUGUUUUAGUAGAUGGAUGGACAAACUAUCAGUACAGUGUUUACUUCAUUUCCUCUGAGAAGAAGAACUGGACUGAGAGCAGAAGAUACUGUAGAGAUAGAGGAGCAGAUCUGAUCAUAAUAAACAGCAAUGAGGAGCAAAAUUUUGUCAAAAACAUUACUAGUUCUGCUGAUUUAGUCUGGAUUGGUCUGACUGACAGUGAUGUGGAGGGCACAUGGAAAUGGGUUGAUGGCACUAAAGUGACCUCUGGUUUCAGGUUCUGGAGGUAUGGAGAGCCAUAUGGAUACACAAACGAGAACUGUGCUCUGACUCAUUCACUAGGAUGGGCUGAUUAUCCAUGUAAUGAUCAUCAUAAAUGGAUCUGUGAGAAGACUAUUUUUAAAUGA